AUGGUUGAAGGCGACAACGAUGAUGAUGCCUUGCUUAGGCACAUUUUUGACGAAGCAGCAGCCGCUCUCACCAGUCAAGGCCAAGAUAUCGACAAUCCUCCUAGUCCCAAUGAGAACACAUUUGAUAUUCUGCAAACAGCAGAAGUGAUUGGAUUCCAUCUCCCAUCACCAAUGAUGUUCCAAACAAAAAGCGAGAAUGUCCCCAAGGCUGAGAAGCCAUGGCCAAAACUGACUUCACUUGAGGCUGACCGUCUCAACGAAUGGUCUAGCUCCUGGGACGCAAUAACAGUUCCAAAUCCACAAACUCCUCCCGCGCUGUCCGCGGACGAUGCCGUGUCUGGCGCUGCCCCGCACACAGGAGAUAAAGCAGGAGAGAACCUGGGCCAACAAAGGAGCGAUAGCUGUCCAGAGAUUCCUCCGGUUCCCGGCAUCACAUCAAGCGCACAGUCGGCGCCCCCAACUACGACAGCACCUGUGGUGGGAACAGGGGCCUACAAGUUCCGAGAAACCCAUCGAGGUGCCCUGUUGGCCAGUGGUUCUUCUCCCGCUCCCGGCUUUUCGCCCUCAAAAUUCCCCAAGACUGUCCUAUCACGCCCGCCGAGCCCUCUAUUCUGCACUGCCAACUCGCCGGCUUUGCCCUUAGUGAAGGAUGCUCAGCUGCGGACAGCAUCAGGACCUGUGCUGGCGCUGAAGCCUGUCUGGCCAGCUCGGCAGUCGACUUCGACCCUUGAGGACCUCAAUGCAAACCCGUUGAAGGCUGCCAGUUCCCUUUCUGAGCAGGUGAAGCCCACUGCCCGUCCAAGUGCCCACAGUUCGCCGGCGCUGCCGGCUGCCGCAGUGGGCGGAGCACCCCUGAAGCAGCCAAACCCGCUGCGGGUGCCGAUGUGGCCUCUGUGUGUGCGAGGCCUGCGAUCAGUUGGCGCGCGGACCGGUACAGCCAAGUACAAGAGCCACCAGUUGGUGCCCGCUUCAACGGUGGGCUGUGAGAGGAAUUUGCUGAAUGUGAACGCUGCCUGUGCCCGAGGCCAACAGCGCACUUCGCCAGCUGAGGGUGCGGAGAUGGCGACCCAAAUGGCACAGACAGAGGUUUCUGCGCCGGUUGCUGGGGCCAUUGGCCCACGCCCAUCGAGCCCAUUAACCCAAGAGACUCCGGCAGCCAGGAUUAGAGCUGCACAUGAGAGAGUGAUGGAGGCCGAGGAUUUCAAUACUCCCAAAUCUACGGCCUUUUCGCAACCACCACCCAACCUGACAAGUUCCAAGGACUGGCCAGUCCUCCCUUUUUCUUCUUCCUCUGCUUUGCCAGUUUCUGGCGCUUCAAACCCCCCUUCAAGCAAAGCACAGCCAAAGCUAUGGAGUGCUUUGUUCUCUAAACCUACUUCAUCUUCCGUUUGGCCAAGGCCAGCCCAGAAGGACAGCUGGGCAGAUGUCGUUCGGGCUGUUGAAAACAAGGAGGAAGGAGCUCCAGAAGCAUCAGGUGCUGGUUCAAAUGGCACUAAUCCCACCCUCGGCACGAUUGAGACUUCAAACAACCAAACCGCAUCCCUAAGGACAUCUUAUUCCCCUCGAUUUAAACCACAUAGUUCAUCAUCCCCUUCGGACUUGCUUAGAUCUCUUUCCGCUGUCCCUACCAACUUUACCUCCAAGGACGAAGAGUUGGACGCUCCCGCAGCCAAUGACGCCACGCAAACGCAUGGCGACGCUACCUCCUCAAUGGGACUUGUGAAGCCAGCGAUACUAUCAAGCAACACCACCCCGUGGCAAGCCCCAUGACCUCUGCCUCUCCCUAUCCCGUGGCAUAACUGGCCGAUGCUUAACUGCUUCAAUGGGAAUUCGGGGGGGCAUCGGGGCCAGUUUGCUGGCGACGAAGACUGGAUCAAGACGUGGAAGAUGAUACUCAGCAGGAAGGGACCUCAAGACCAACUCCAUCCUACACUUGCGCCGGCGUUUCCAGGAGGACUUCUCUACCGGGUCUAUUUCCCCAGACCACCGCCUGCCCCAAGGAAGGAGUGGAAGCACUUGUGGGAGAAAGAUCCGGAAGAAGCAGAAGCAGAAGAAGAAGAAGAAGAAGAAGAAGAAGAAGAAAAAGAAGAAAAAGAAAAAGAAAAAGAAGAGAAAAAGGAAACAACGGAAACGGUAGCCUGGGAGAUUGAGCCACUUCAGCCAUCCGAUAAUCCUUGGCCGGCUGAAGCGUACAGCACCUGGGGAUAUUUGACCGGCAGGCCGAACAUCUGGGCACCAACACGCGAGGAACGGAUAGCAAGAAUCAAGAGGAAGAUGGAGGCGGAGAUUGGAUCGGAAGGGUGGUACGUGCACUGA